AAAACAUCAAAAGACGGGAUAGUGAUAAGAUUAGAGCAAUUAAUGUUUAUUCUGUUCUCAUUUUCAACUAAAGGGAGUGCUUAGAUUGCUCAUUGUUACGCAUUGAAAUUGAUGCUAUAGAUAACAAUUUUUGAAUGAGUCUUUACAGUAAUAGUUGAACGUUGGUUGCUGGGUCUACUAUAAUAAAGCAUUAUAGCAUUUUAUGUUUUAUAUCUCAACAAAUUUCUUACUGUAAAAAGGGUUUUAGAAACACGCGUGUUUUAGCAAUGUUGAGUUCAAGUAAUGGUAGUGUAGACCGCGGAGAUGGUGAAAAGAUCUUGGCUAUGUGUAGCUUAGGUCUUGGUAGCUUUUUGUUUGGAAUGCUCCCUGCCGUCAUUUCAGCGCAAAAUCGUCGACGUUUUCCUCUAACUAUAUCGUUAUUGUUGUGCUUCGGAGCUGGUAUACUCUUGGCUACUGCCAUAGUUCAUAUUUUGCCGGAAGUACGCAAACAGAUGGAUUCAAACUUUGCAGAAAUAACUAUUUGUGGGGGAUUUUUUUUAAUAUAUUUUAUUGAUGAGUUCAUACAUUACUUCUUUGGUGAAGCUAUACAGCACACACAUUCUCAUGCCACUGGCUCCAAUAUACCCAACAAUCACCGUAAUAGUAAUUUGGACACGGACAGAACUCCACUUUUGAAUGAUAGACGUGAUUAUUAUGCUAACCAAAAUGGAGAAGGUCAACAAAAUAGUUCUGACUCGAAUAAUGAGUCAACUCACCAACAUUCGUAUUAUAAUACAUCACAUUGUGCAGAGGAAGCAGUUAUUGCGGAAUCUAAUGCGAGAAUAUGUCAUACGAGUCAUGAAGAACCAUGUGUUCAAUCUAUGACAGGUACCUUGGGACUUUUUGUAGCAUUGUCUCUACAUUCAGCUAUCGAGGGUUUGGCAAUUGGAGUUCAAAAUUCUUCAAGAAAGGUGCUUUUCCUGCUUGGCGCCGUCGCAUGCCAUAAGCUCGUCAUGGGCUUUUGUUUAGGUUUGGAGUUUCGCUCAAACCCACAAACAACGCUUCGCCAACAUUUUCUCGGCAUUGUAGUGUUUGCAUUGGGUGCUAUUUGCGGCAUCGGCAUAGGCAUGAUUAUCGCCGAUAUACCGUCGGGUUGGUCGACUGCUGCGCUGCCAAUUGUGCAGGCGCUCGCUGGUGGCACGCUCUUUUAUGUAACUGUCUGCGAAGUUAUACCAAGAGAAAAGUCGCGUUGGCAUCAAAACGCUGGACGCAGAAUAGCCGGUUUUGGACAGUUUUUGGCGGUUAUCAGUGGCUUCGCGCUAAUGUGUUGCAUUAACUAUUUCCUUGACGACGGCGAUAGCUAACGGGAAUUUUCAACUAUAAGCAAUCUCUGAUGGUAAUCUCCAAUAUUUAUUUUUUGGCUAUAGAACAAUAAAAAGUUUGUGAUUUUAUAAGUGUGUGUUUAUUAUAGUAGCGUAAAUAUAUAUUAAU